UACUAACUUACUUUGAUAACGCUUUUCUUCGGCGUAUUCAGUAUAAAAAACUAGUUCGUAUUCAUCUGAAACAUUGUCAAGUUUACAUUCAAACGGUCAACAUGUUCAAGGCUGUACUUUUGGUCUGCGCUCAGGCGCUCUUGAUCCAGUCUAUCGCUGGACAGUGCAUCGGAGCUGGAUGGGGCGCUGCUCCCUACGGUCUCGCCGGUCCUCUUGCUGGUGGUUGUGGUUGCGGUGUUGCUGCGAUCCCUGCCUCUAGCGGUGGUGGUCUCGGUGUGGCAAGCGCUUCUCCUAUCCCACCAAACGGAGUGUCAGUGCUCUCAGAAAACGCUAUUGAAGGAGCUCUAGCAGUCGCCGGUGCUUUACCGUUCUUGGGAACCGUUGGUCUGGAAGGUGUUCUGCCAACUGCUGGUGCAGGUGCUGUCAACUACGGAUGCGGUAACGGUGCCGUCGCCAUUUUGGAAGAAAUUGCCCCCGCUGGUAUUGCUGGCCCAGUCGGCUACGGCUUUGGUGCUAUUGACGGUAUCGGCUACGGUGGUAUCGGUUACGGUAUUGGUCCUGUGGCUGGUCCUUACCGCGGUGGUUGUGGCUGUGGUGCCCUCAUCUAAAACCAUCCAUAACAACAACAAUCAAUUCUCUGUGUCGAAUAAAGAAGUUCAUCAAAAUUUUCGCUUUAACUAUAAUAAACCCUGAUACGUUCAAUAAAUUUUGAGUUUUAACUUUCAACAAA